AAUAUUUGAAUCCAAUCCACCUUGUGUUCAUAAACAAACAACUCUUCCCUUUUUUCCUCUCUCUAUAUCCCACAUCACUUGUGCUUCAAACAUACCAACUUUCUUUCUUCAAAUCCAUUUGUAGUUUGAGAAAUAUAUACGCGAAAUACGCAAAUUGACACUUGUACUUGCACCGAUUUUUAAAGCUAGACUCUGAAUUAUCCAAGUUUUUCGAGUUUUUGAAUCUUGAAUUUUGGUUGUUAAUAUUGUUGGCAAUCAUGAAUAUGACAUCAUCAAAUUCAGAACUAAGCCUUGAAUGCAAACCACAUCAAAGCUACUCUAUGCUUUUGAAAUCAUUUGGGGAGAAAAUUGAUCAAACACAAAAUCUUGAAGAAUUCUUAGCUAGACUUGAAGAAGAAAGGGUUAAGAUUGAUGCUUUCAAACGUGAACUUCCCCUUUGCAUGCAACUUUUAACCAAUGCUAUGGAGGCUUCAAGGCAACAACUUCAAUCCCAUAGGGAAAAUAAUCAUAUUGGACACAGACCAAUUCUUGAGGAAUUCAUUCCACUUAAGAAUAACAAUAAUGCAAGUGUUGAAUUAGGAGCAGAAAAAAUAGUUGCAAAUAACACAUCUACUAUUGUUGAUAACAAGGCAAAUUGGAUGACUUCUGCUCAAUUAUGGAGUCCACCAAGUGAUCAUCAAGAAACAAAGCAAGUACAAACAUCUAACAAUACUUCUAACAAAGAAAAUGAUCAUCAUAUAGGCUUUUCUAUUAGCCCAAAAUUAGCCUUGGACAACAAUUCUUCAUGUCCAAGUCCAACAACACUAGCACUUGCUUCAUCUAACAAACAAAAUGAGUCAACAAUAGUGGAAAAUCAUAACAAGAAUUUGGAAGGAGUGAAUAUUCAACAAGAUUCUCAAAGCAUUGGAGGUGGUACCAACAGCACAAGUACAAGUACUCAACAACAACAGCCACAUAGAAAGGCAAGAAGAUGUUGGUCACCUGAUUUGCAUAGGCGUUUUGUUAAUGCUCUUCAAAUGCUAGGUGGUUCUCAAGUGGCCACACCAAAGCAAAUUAGAGAAUUAAUGAAGGUUGAUGGAUUGACCAAUGAUGAAGUUAAAAGCCAUUUGCAGAAGUACAGACUUCACACACGAAGACCAAGUCCAAGUCCACAAGCAACAACAGCACCACCACACCUAGUGGUUUUAGGUGGCAUAUGGGUCCCACCAGAGUACGCGGCCGCCGCAGCCACACAUGGUGGUGCAACACCUGCAGCGACAUUUUAUGGACCACAUUCAACUAGCCAUGCACCAUCACCACAUUACAUUGCGGCCCCACAAGCGGUCACACAAGAGUUCUACGGUACACCACAACCGUUACAAUCGCUCCACCACCUCCAACACCACCAACAAAUGUACCAUCAUGGUAGUCACAUGUACAAGCCACCUUCAAAAUCACAUUCUCAUAGCUCACCUGAAUCCGAUGCUCGAGGGACCGGUCAACACGGUGAUCGAUCAUCAGAGAGUAUCGAAGAUGGAAAAUCGGAGAGUUGUAGUAGUGAAAAUGGUGGAGAAAGGAAGGUUGUGGUACACAAAUUCUAGCAAUUUUAUGUGGAUUUAAUUUAGUUUAAUUAGUGUUAAUUUAUUAAGAUUAGCUUAGAUAAAUAAUUAGGAGGUUAUUCUUGUUCAAGGCAAAAAACAAAAAAAUGAAAAAAUUGCUUUUUUUUUAUAGCACUACUACUAAAAGGAAGGGUAAAAAGGGAAUAAUAAAACAGGGUAGUGUUUGUUUUGUUUGAGAUUCCAUUGUAUGCUUCAAUAUCCUAAAUUGGAUAAAGUUUAGAAAAAUCAGAUUUUAUUUUGUUCU